AUGGCGGAGCAAGAGAGCUUGGAGUAUGGCAAAGGUGAUUUUCUCCUUCUGGACGAAAUCACCAAAGACGAAUUUAUGAAAAAUCUCAAGCUUCGCUUUAAGAAGGAGCGAAUUUACACCUACAUCGGCGAAGUGCUUGUGUCCGUGAAUCCAUACAAGACUUUGAACAUUUUUGGAAAUGACAAGAUUCAGGAAUACAAGAUGAGAGAAAUGUAUGAAAGGCCGCCGCAUAUUUUCGCGUUGGCUGAUGCUGCCUACCGAACGAUGAAAAGACGAUCAGAAGACACCUGUAUCGUUAUUUCAGGUAAGACUGUUUUUAUUUAGGUUCGCUCAUCUAAUUUAUUCAUCAGAGGUUUCGUAACAAUUAAUUUCAUCCAAGAGCUUUUAGAGUAGGCUUGAUCUUUACUCGAAAUAGAAUUCUGUGGUAUGAAUCUUUUGGUCAAACAAUACUUGUGGUGUUUGUGUAGACAAUCAGUAUAUCAGCAAUCGGAAGUUCAGCCUUUUUAGGCGCAUAGUUUGCGUGGUAACUGCAGAUAUCGGUUUAAAUUGUUUUUGUUUAUAUUGGAAUGACGUCUGAACUCCUUGUACGUUAUGAAAUUCUUAAAGUAAAUUGAAGUAUCUAGGAAAAGUUUUUCGAAAACUUUUUUUUUGAAAACUCAAUGAAAAUUGACCCUUAACAGUUUCGACAUUAGUGUUCGAAAAAGAAAACCAUCCCUUUUCAGUUUUGAAGAAAAGUCCAGAAUAUUUUUUGGGUUUCAAAACUGUCAACAAACCGUAAAAUUAUUUGCAUGAAUUAUUUUCCAAUUUUUAUCUCUUCAAUGUUUAAUAUUCAAUUUCUUCACGGUCAAAAAAUAAUUAAAGCCAUAGCUGUCAGUCUUUUAUGGUGUAUUAUUUGAAUAAGUUUCAAGUUUGUACAACCAUAACAAAUAUCAUAUUGGAAACUUUUUUAAAAAAAAUUAUGACUUCUCCAGUACUCGUAAAUCAGGUUGAAAAUGGUUGAGUAAACUAUUUUUUUUUUUUGGCUUUUUUUCCAAAAUAACUGAGUUUAUAUGAUUGGUAAAAAAUAUAUUGCUUCUUGGACUGGUAAAAUGAUUAAAACAAACACUGUUUAGAAGGUUAUGUACUGGGUUAAAAAAAAACUCUUUUAAAGAAUGUCAGAAGACCACUGUGUAGAUCACAUGCAUUUAUGUUAUGAUUCACAAUUAUGUAAGCUUUAAUUUUUUUAUGUUCUUCCUGCACCACAAAGGUCAGCUUUAGUACAGUCAGAUUGUUAUCUCAGUUUUACUUUCUUUGAAACAUCUUCAGCUGAUAAAGAUCUUGAUAACGAUUGGCCCUUUACACUAUGUGGUUUUAUAUUAAUAGCAUUUACAUCAUCUAGUACAAUUAAUUUCAUUAAUGGUUUUCCUUUUAGGCAUGAGUUAAGAUAACAUUUAACAUACUCCUGUCAACUAUAGAUUUUAGUUCUGUAAUUCUCUCCAUUUAUAUUAGCUGAGUAUUUUUUGCAUUUAAAGGGCAUUUGGAUUACUCUUUCAUUAUAUUCUCAGUUCUCUUAGAACUUAAUAAUGCAGCUCUUUAUGUUGUUUUUGUGCAGUGCAAGCAAAUAUAUAAUUUAUUAUACAUUGUCACAGCGCCAUAAGCACAUGCUAAUAAAAACAAUAAUUCGUUCUUAUUAUUAUGUUGCUUUGCAACCUCUACAAAGUAUUUUACCAUCUGGAACAGUUACCUACCAAGAAGUAUAAUAAAAAUCUGCUGAAUUCAGCUAGAAGAAAACUAAUUUAGUUUCGUGCGGUAUACCAUCUAAAUUGACCUGAAGUCAAUCUAAUAUCAAUGGCAAAUUAAAUACUGGAAAACUAUAUCAGAAAAACAUUUGAAUAGUGAUCUUGAAGAUCAGAUGAGAAUUUUAAAAAUUUGGUAUCAUCUGAUAAAAUUCUCUGUUUCAGUUCAAAUUUGAUUUCAGGUUAAUUUUGAUUUAGCCUAGGUUGAUUCUCAACCUCUUUUACCUCCGAGCUUGGAGUGUGAGCUAUAGCCCCAGUAGAAUAAAACUUAGAAUAAAACAUUUUAACCUGAAAUCAAAUUUGACGUGUAAUAUAUAUAAUGCAAAAUAUAGCUAUAGCGGCAAGAUAAAAAAUAAUGCCUUCAGGGUGAUAUAAACAGCUGGUCACAGUUAAUUAAAAAGACUUUUUUAUUCACGACAGGUUUGACUCUUUAGUUGAUAUCUAGAUUAGACUUUAAAAUGGUCUGGUCCGUGUGGCAUACUCACUCAUUUUUAAAUGUUCUCAUAUGUUUGAAAACUGUUAAUUAAAAAAUGUCGUGGUGUUAAAAAGUAUACUCCCAUUAACUGAAGAAAGGGAAAAGAAAAGAAAAAAAGGGGACAGUCGUUUAAGGAGCUGUGUCACGAAAUUCAGCAAAAUUAGGAAAUUACAAAAUUUCCGUUAAAGUUAAGAGAAACAUAAAAAUAACUGCUUAAAACUUUAAAGGAAGGUUAAAAUAACAUAACAGAAACAACAGAUGCCACAGAUGGGCCAAACUGAAGAAGAUUGAAAGGGUUGAAAUUAGGUUUUUUGAAAACUGUUCAGCCUAACAGUUUUUCAAAGUUGAUCCCUGCUGCUUGCAACUUCAAUAAUGCUCAGCAAGUAAUUGGCAAAAUUAAACAAAAUGAACUGGACUGCCGUGACACAGCCCCUUUAAAAAGCUACCCGACUUUUUAAAGUUUUAAUCCAUGUCCAGUUGAUCCCUGCUGCUUGCAACUUCAAAAAUAAUACUCAGGAGACAUAUUUGUUUGUCUCGGAUCUCUGAUUUUGUCAUUUACAUGUAAUUUCUUUGCUUACGUUAAGUUACAUAGCAAUUGAGGGCGAGUAAUUGACAAACUUAAACAAAAUGAACUGGACUGCCGUGACACAGCCCCUUUAAUCCAUCAGGGCUUUGUGAUGGUACAAUUUAACACAAUCUCAAAUCACAUCUGAUUGCAUAAUCCACCAAAAAUUUUAUGGUACUAAUUACAAAGGGAAUCUUAAUGUGAAGAUAAGGUUCCUUUUUUUGCUCUGAAUUGCAUAUCUGAAAUUUCCCAUGUUGCCUUGAAUCUGAUGACAGCAUUCGAAUGGGAAAAAGUCUGAGCUGCAGAGAGAACUUGCAUAAUAUGCCAUAUGAUAGACUUUUUUUGGCAUAUACUGUGUCCUGCUUAAAAUUCCAAAUAAUUUACAUGCACCUUUUUGUGCAUUACCAAAUGGUCUUAAUAAUGGUAAUAGGACUGAGUGGAGUCCAAUUCUGUCUGUAAUCAUACAAAUGAUUAAGAAAAUUCGAUGACUGCGUAGUGGGAGUCCAAUAAUUAUUUGUUUAAUCAUGAGACAUGAUUACCGACCAAAUUGGACGACAGGAAGUUCUGUUACCAAUUAAUCAUAACUAUAACAAAAUUUGUGAUAUUUUAGGUUGUUGUAGAUAAAUUAAAACACAAGAAAUUCUGAGAGUUUUUUGCUAGCAGUGAAAAAAAGCCAUUUAAGUCCCACAUGCGAUGGCAAGUACUUUAUAAUAGGCAUGACGUGUACUGUCUUAUUACACUGUCCUAUUUGUGCUUAAAUCAGGACAGUUAAUAGCUAAUCAGAUUUGAGAAUUUUGUUACAUUUAUGAUUAUUAAAAUAUCUUUAUUCUUAAUACAAUUUGUUAGAGUGCUGCACCGGUAUCACAGAGGUCAGGGUUUGAAUCCCAACAAGCCUGAAUUUUUUAGGCUUUCUUUUUGUAACUGCGUAAGUUACACCUUUAGCUGCAAUGAUCCUACACUGCACGUUUGAAAUGUGUUUGUCCAUAAUUUUACAAUAAUUCAGGAUACGUAUAUUGCAACAUUUCUUAUUAUCUUUCAUAAAAAUUUUCAAAAAUAUAAAAGUAAACACAAGUAGAGUGCAGCCCUGACAGCUGGGCUAUCACUGAGGGCUGGAGGCAGAGGAUUUCCCCCAGCUACUAUAUAUGAGCAUAAUCCAAAAAUACCAGAAAAGACAGGUCACUGGAUGGUCACAAGUGCAGGUCACUGCUCCAUUGAUAAUAUAUAGAUUUAGCCAGGGCUAAAAGCAAAGCUCUCUUUAAUAUCUAUAGUUUACUGAAACAAAAUAUAAAACUGUUUAUUGCUAACCAAGUGCAGGUCACUUAGCAAAAGGUCAACUUUUUCACAGCACACUUUUUUUUUUGUACAUUUCUUUGCUGCUGUUUUGCAUGAUGACAACGUGAAACUUCCAGAAACUUCCAACUUAAACAUUUUAUGGAGGAAAUGUUGUAUGUGGUCCUGUUCACUUUUUUUUUCACUGCCGAGCAUUUUAACCUUAGUGGCUGCUAGCAUUUCUCAUUUUGUCACAGCUGCUAUAAAAUUUUCAUGUUAUUCUUAAAAUGAAAUUGAUCUCCUUUGUUUUUUAUCUCUGGCUCUAGCUCUUUCUCUGUUAUCCACUCCAAUGUAGACUUCAAUAUUAAGUCGAAAGAAAGAAUCGGCUUCGUUGUUGUUGUUUUUUAUCUCUAAAAGACCGGGUGGCUAUGCAAUUUACUGCCGAAAUGCACGGGUACUAGAAAUGCAAAAUUUCACCCCAGCUGACAUGAAGAGGUGGAUGUACGUACGGACGUACUCCAUACUGACGAUUUUCUCAGAACCAAAAUUUCCAGGAUGUAUAGUUUACCAAAUUUCCUUACCCAUCAGGUACUCCGCUUUGCGCACUUCGUGCGGGAGAGCUCGGCUAUAAAUAACUGAGAUAGAUAGUUUCCCCUUCAGCUAAAAUUCUCUUUUAGAUUGUGAUUAGGACUAGGAGACACUUUUUAGUAUUGUGUAUUAAUUUUACCGUAGCACGGUGACCUGUACUCUAACCUGCACUUGUGACCUGUGAUCUGUGUUUUGUACUCUCAGCUCAACCCCCAGCUACUUUACAGGAGACAAAAGGAAAAUAAAACCAAAAGAAAUUCCCAGCUUUUCAAUUCACACCCACUACCUUUAUAUACCUAGCAACUUGAAAUCUUAGUGACAGCCCUGCUGAGGCUGAUAAAAAAGCACUGAUGAGACAGCUAUAGUCGAUGAUACAUAUAGACAAAAUUAUUCUUUUAUAAUUGGUUUUGUCAUAAUUGAGUGUUUUGCUGUAUUUUCUCCUUUUAUUCAGGUGAAAGUGGUGCAGGGAAAACAGAAGCAUCAAAAAUAAUCAUGAAGUACAUCGCUGCUGUUACUAAUGUCUCAAAACAGUCUGAAGUUGAAAGGCUAGUCUCUAUAUAAAUUAUGUAACUUGUUAUUAAUAGAUGCUUUUCAGAAGUAGCAGCCAAUUUCGUAAAAACUCUUAGACCAGCAAGAACAGGUGACCCAAGCAAUCUGACUAAUUUAAAGAAAUAAUUAGGGCUUAAAAUGAGCUUAUAAUGAAAAAAAAAUGCCAUUCACCUUACAGUGUUGACUAGACAUUUAUUCAGUAAAUAUAUCACUAGGAAACAUUUGUUCUCAGAUAGGGGGUGGGGAGGGGGGCGUGGAAAGGGCAUAAAUUUUCUAAUCAGAUUUUAUCAUUUCUGUUAUACUUCCCUGUCUUUGUUUGUCAGUAACUGGUGUCCCUGUGCAUGAUACUAUCACCCCACAGUUAGGACAGUACUGUAGCACUCACAAUCGCGAGACAUAUUGCUGGGCCAAUCCCUCUCAAGUUUAUUUACACUUUAUUGGGAAAUUUUUCCUAUUGAUGCCUAGUUAUGUGACAGUGAGAGUUGUCAGUAUUAGUUUUUCCUCCCAUUCACUUUCAAAUUUUAAGCUGAGGUUGCCUGUGCUAGUCAAGCCCAAUUAGAUUACCAGUGUUGGGAAGCACGACCCAAUGCUCUUAACCUGUGAAAUCCAGGGUGCCUAGCAUAUGUUAACCAUGAAAAAACUAAGAUUUCUUUUGCCUGCCAACUCUUACCAAUUUUGUGUGAGUCUCAUGCCUGUGAACUUAAGACAUCGCUCUUACACAUCACCAAAGGACAAUUUCUCAAGCCUGGCCCACAGAUCCAGACGAAUUAGUCAUUGUUCUUCAAUACAUGAUUAAUAACGAAAUUCAAUUGAAACAAUUUCCACAAAAAUAUUCCAAAAAGGCACUCAAUAUUGACUUUGUGUCGUAACUGUUUCAAAGCAAACUAAAACUGUCCCUUUCAAAAGCUUCGGAGGUGCUUGAGGUUGUCAGAACAUCUUUGGACAUUUUUGGCAACAUUCGGAAGUCUUUGAAAAAUUGUGGGAUGAUUUCAGAAAUCCCAGUCACGACAAGACGAAAGUCUCACACGUUUGACUCAGAAAAUGUUGGCAGGUACAUUUUUUAGUCACCCAAGAUCAAAAGUAAGGCACUAGAGGUCACCAGGUAUAUUGAAAUGAGAUUUCAAAGAAUAUCAAACUUAAACCUAAAAUGAUUUGCAUGAUUUCAAUAUUUGCAGGGUCAAAGAUGUUCUUCUGAAGUCCAAUGCAGUUUUGGAGAGUUUUGGCAAUGCGCGCACAAACAGAAAUGAUAAUUCCAGUAGAUUUGGAAAGUACAUGGAUAUUGACUUUGAUUUCAAGGGAGAUCCUGUGGGUGGACACAUUUUCAAUUACCUUCUAGAAAAGGUUUGAAAUUGAACAUUAUUGGGCCUUGUAAUUUUUGAUGAUACAGGGGCAAUUUCAAUAAGCACCCACAGCCGACCAAACUUUUCGGCUACUUUGCUCAUAGAGGUCAGCUAUUUUUUUCUAUGUGUAGAAAGAAGUAAGCAACUAGUUUGAAUAAUUUUGCAAACAAAAAAUAUAUCAUAAAAUCUGAAUGAAAAUGUAAUUAUGAUGUGUUUUCAUAAAGGCCCACUGGUUUUACAUUAUGCUUGCCAUGCAGAAUUUGCUUAUGUGCAAAAGUACGUAGUUUAGUUUUCAUCAUUUGUUCAUUGCUUGUAGGAAUUGUUUGUGUGACUGAUAAAUGAAAAGCUACAUCUUCUUUGAAAUUUCAAAAUUUUCUGUGGGCAGAAAAAUGUGCCCUGCCUCUUGAUCACAGCCCUGUGGUAAUUUUAGAUGAAAGACAGAAAUUUUAAUUUGUACAUUUUUUUUACAUUUUUCUUUAGUCAAGAAUUGUUAAGCAGCAAGAAGGGGAGAGAAAUUUUCAUGCAUUUUACCAGGUUGGAGCCUAUAUCUUUUUUUAGCACUAAUUUAGCUAGGUGAUAUCCAUUUAAAGGUAAUCAAGUUGUUAUGGUACUAAGUGUCAACAAAUGAAAUGUACUGUUCAAAGAUUCCUAAAGUCCAUGCGGAGAUCAUUAAAGGUAGCCUGGUUACAUAAAACAAAUUUACAAACAAUGUACUUUCCAUUUUCGUGAACCAUGAGACAAAGAAAAAAUGGCUAAGUCCUGAAAGGUAGGGCAAAGGUGCACAAAAACCAUGCGGUGUGUAUGUUUGGUGCUUUACCCCUGCUUUGAGAGCAGCUAUCAAAACAGUAUCCAGGAGUAUUUCUAAUCGCCCCUGGACAGUAUGCUAUUCCAUUGCAAGGUUACCCUCAGCAGUGUAUUGCCAGGACCCAUUUUAUACACCUGGCCCUAGUUGUUGAUCAAACAAUGGAUAGUGCUAUCCACCGAAUAAAUCUCUAUCCAGUGGAUUUAACACAAUAAUGAUCCUCUGGAUAAAGCAGUAUUCAGUGGAUAAGUAUCAGGGAAAUCGACUAUUACACCUAUGUUUUUAAACUGGAGAGAGAGAGAGAGAUUUAUGUGGUGGAUUAAGGGUUAUCUACCCUUCAAAUAACUGGGGCCUGGGUGAAGAGAGACAAAGUGGAGCCACGUUUCUGUCUAAGGAAACAACGCAAUGGCAAGACUUGAACCCAGAUCUUCAGAUCUUAAGUUUAAGGUGUUGACUGCUCAGUUUAUACAGGCACCAUGCCUCCACGACUAAGCCUUGACAACAAUUAAACCAAAAAUGACUUAACUGUUACUGGUAGCCAAGUGCAUGGAUGCUAUGGGAUGCGCCAUGGGAUGCACCAUGUAAACUGAGUCAUAGACUGACAUAAUCUUGUUGUCAUUGGCAAACUAUCCUAUACGUACUUCUGGGAAACAAUUUUGCAGGGUUACUGUAAAAUAAAGAGUGUCGGAAACAUAGUGAAUCUCAGUUAAGAAGAAGAAAUAAGAAAAAUUUUAAUUUUUACUUAAAAGUCAUGUUCAAGUUGCUUAAUGCUGUGUUUAAAGGACCAGCAUUUCUUUACAAAAUGUCAACCAUAUGAGAUCAUCUCAAAGUUGUCACUUUGGUGAGUGUUUUAGAUGUGUUUUUUUUUUUCAACUAGUGAAUUGAGUGUUUGACAUUAUAUGUUAAUUUCAGUUGCUUCAUGGAGCUCCAAAGGAAGUCCUCAGUGAGUUGUACCUUGACAAGAAACCAGAAGAUUAUCACUUUGUUAAUCAAGGAGGAGUCUUUGAGGUUAGUUUAUAGUACCUUUUCCCUUGUAACUAUUUAUUUCCUGGUGGAGUGUUAGUUAGAAUUACCGCUAUUACAGUAGAACCUUGAAGAAAAAAACUUGAACUUGGAUACCUCAAACUCCGUGCUAACUCGAACUGAGUCCCACUUUUCAGUCAUUUUUACUCGGUUAACUCGAACUUGGAUAACUUGAAUUCCCCGCUAACUCAAACUAAAUUUUCUUUGCCAUGAUCAAAAUUUUUUUCACUGAAUUAUUUUCCCUGAUAGUUCUGUAAAACGCUUCUGGUUCUUUGUUUUGACUGGUGCAACUAACAGAUGCCAUUCCAUUAUCAUUCUUUUUGUAAAUAAGUAAUUUGUAAAGUACUAUAAACUGAAGUUGCUGAAAAAUUUGAAUAAACUAUCAAUUAUUAAAGUGGAAAACUGAAAAUUCAAUUGAUUCCGAUAACUCGAACCCCUCAGCUGCCAACUAAAACUGUUUUUUGAUUCCCUUCAGAGUUCAAGUUACCAGGGUUCUACUGUAUUUUUUUUAACUUUUGUAUUAACUUUAAAAAGAGGCUUAAUUAAAAGUUUGUGACUUGAAAACAAAGACCCUUAAGAUCCUCUAAGAUUAGGGUUAGGAAACUGAGUUAAUCAACUUUCAGGUCAGUUUGUCCUGUAUAAGGACUUAAAUGGAACCUGAUUCACUCAGUUUCCUAACCCUAAUCAAUAAAGUUCAGAGUCAUUAAUUUUAUUAAGUGGUCUUAGGGGGUCUUGGAGGUCUUUGUUUUCAAGAUACCCUCCAUGGACCGUGCAUAGAAGCACUCUUACGAUGGAUUUUCCUAUCAGAUGGUUUUUUAGUUUUUAUUUAAAAAAUUUUUUGUCUUCAUGGGGAUUUUCAAGAUUAAAUAAAUAUUGGUUUGUUACGUGAUGAUGAAGUGGCUGUAUUUAUUGACUUAUAUGUAAGUUGAACUGUGUGCUAAUUUAUUGAAUUGUUGCUCACAUUACCAGCUGAAGACAAUUAAUGACAAAACAGAUUACAAAGUGAACUGUGAUGCAAUGAAGUCUGUGGGAUUCUCUAGUGAUGAAACCAAGACAAUCUGGAAAAUAAUCUCUGCAAUUCUUCAUUUGGUAUGUGAAUUUGUUUUCACUGUAAACACUCCAUUACACUUGCAUGGGCUUAUUAAACAGGCCUCCUAAAGACGGACGUAACCAAAGCUUUCAAUUUCAUGUAGUUGUCUAGGCUCCUGGGCUCAGUACUUAUAAACCUACUCAGCUGGCCUUUUUUGAAGGUUCUAAUGGCCCUGUUUAUAUAUAGAUUAAGCCAAGGCCAAAAGCAAAGCUCUCAUGGAAUCUUUCUUCAGUUACUAAACUUUCACUUUAUGCAAGAAGCUAACUGAAUUCCUCCUGAAAAAAUAGACCUGAGCCUGCAAUCAAUUUAAAACCAUUAACUGGUCAACAGAGAACAAAAAACACCUUACCUCAUUGAGUUGUACACCUGAGCCUGUGAUACAACCAUGAUUUUGACACCAAAAUUUCUUGGAUCAUAGAUAACCAUUUAUUUACCCUGGUGCUGUGCUGCGCAAGCUGUCAACUCCACCAUGACAAUGUUAGAUUAUCUGGUUUUUCCUUCCCCAAAACAAUGUAAUAGUCCCAAAUGUGAAAAAAAUUAGUAGUAGUAGUAUACUAUCCGAUCUAUCUACUUUGAGUGCAGCACCUGCAAAAAUUUGAUGUGUCCCAUUCCCAUUUGUUGUAGCCAUGACAAAUGAAACUUCCUGCCUUGUAAGACUCGUAUCACCCUAGCUGGAUGAUAAAUAUUGUUGCUGGACACCGUCUUGAGUGUCUGCUGCGUUUUGGUUCCCAAAGAAGUAGUUAGGAAAAAAUCAAGAUCGAUCGAUGAUUACUUCACUUGAAUGUGUAAAACAAUUCUCUGUUGUUUUUUACAGGGAAAUUUACAGUUUGUUGAUGAUGAAAAAGACCAGGCUUCAGUUGUGAACAGCGAUGAAGAGCUUAAUGUUCUUUCGUAUCUCCUUGGAAGUGAGCCAAGACUAGUAGAGAAAGCACUAUGCUACCGUGUUGUAGCUGCUGCUGGAUCAGAGGUGUUAGACAAAGGUCAUCAUGCCAAGGAAGCGUCUCAUGGCAGAGAUGCUUUAGCUAAGGUAAAUAAUAAGCAUGCAUGGUAAUAUAAGGAAUCAUGGGCUGGAGUAAUUUCAGAGGGGUGUUAAAAGAGUUUGCAGUAUAAAUUAUGUAGUAUCAUCUUAGUUUUAGUGCCAUUGUGGAAUUUAUAUUUUAGUUUAACCUCAGCCUGUUCACAUACAGUCAUUUUUUCCUUUCUCUUUCAAUGAAUAAUUUUUGUGAGUGGGGCAUAUGAGAACGAACGUGGAGCUUAAAGAAAAUUUUAUUUUCUCCUUUGCUCAUUGCCACCGCCCUGUGCCAGUGGUCAAGAAAUCUCCCAUAAUUUUCAUUUCCAUACACGUACUUUACUGUCUCUUAAAAGAAAAGGAAGGUCUGUGAACAGGCAGACUGGCUAGUUUAACCUGCGUAAGUGGUUGUACAGUAUCAGAUGGUCUGCAAUUUUAUGGAUACUGUGGAAUUAAUCUAUGCUGUUUAGCAGUUUUGUUCCUUUUUCCUGUCCAGUUUCCAAGGCUCUUUUGGGCCUGCCUCAUUUAACAAAGAUGCGUACAUUAUCCAAUACAAUCACUCACAUUUUGAUUACAGAUAGAGUAAUGGAAGACACAAAUAUAAAUUAUGUUAAAAACCAGUAAUCAUAACUGCAACCAACUGUUCCUUGAAAGCAGAAGUGAUUGCCAUAUAGUUUUAGCCAUGAUGUAAGGGAAAAAACAUUUGUGUUCAGGACUGCAUCCAGGAGGCCUGUCCGUGUCAUAGUAGAGGAGACUGGUUAUGAAAGCCAGCAAACGUCAAAGUUGAAAACAAUGUUGCUGUAGUUUAUGUUGGAAGCUCCCUGACCGUGCACAAUCCUUUGAUUUUUGUUCGCAAAUUGUGACUGAAUAAAUUAACGCAAUGUUUCUAUUGGUCAGUAAGUUCAAAAUGAUAGGAAUGCUAUUGAACGUUGUGCAUGGUAAAGUCUAAAAAUCCUAACUUUAAUAUAAUAACAAAGAAGUCUGUCGGGCUUCAUAACCAUUCCAUUUUAUUAACUAUGUCCCGGUGUAGGCCUUAUAAGGGAGUACCCCCCUCCAGGGUCCCAUACCUAAUUCAAAUUUCAUCAAAUUUUGAUUGUUUCAGGCAAUGUACGAUCGUCUGUUUACUUGGAUUGUCAGUAAGAUCAAUGACAUCAUUGAGCUGCGUGACAUUGUGUCACAUGGAAAAUGCACUGUGAUUGGUGUGCUGGAUAUUUAUGGUUUUGAAAUAUUUGACAGUAACAGCUUUGAACAGCUCUGCAUCAAUUAUUGCAAUGAAAAACUUCAGCAGCUCUUUAUUGAGCUAGUGCUUAAACAGGAGCAGGAGGAAUAUCGAAGAGAGGGAAUCCAGUGGGAAGAGGUAACUUUUAAAACUUCACUUUACUCCACUUUACAUAACUUAAGCCCUUUCGUGGGAUUUGUAGUUGUCUUCAUUUGGUUAAAUUUAAUCCCUCUUUCAAUAUUUGUUAUCCUUUGUUCUGGGGUUUGAUAAUCUGUGAUGUUUCUGAUUCUGAUAUCCAAAUAUUUCUUUGAAAGUGCUUCUCACAUUUGAUAUGAAAUAAUUAUCUUUUUACCACAUUUGUUGUGUUGACCAUCUUGAAUGUUUCUAAUUUUUUUAGAGAAUUUUGUAGAAUUAACAUUCUAAAUAGUGGACAGUCUGCCCAAUUUCUUUAGAAGGGCUUACUGCAGAACCAGGAUUUGGUGUCCUCUCUCAUAACGUCCACUGCAUUUUUGGUUGAAUAUUUGAAAUAAUCCUCUCCUCCACCCUUGUCUUCUCUCCUACUUCAUUUCAUUAAACUCUUGAGGGUAUGGCAGAUGAGAAGUUACAUGAUUUUUCAACCCCCAAAGAAAAAAGCAGAGAAUUAUGUCCCCCAAUGCCCCCCAGCCCCUACCCAUCACAUCCCCUAUACUUUUCAUAUUUCAUUUCCAAGAUUACACUGGAGAAUAAUACAAAAAUAUUGCUUGGACUAGAUUAAACAUCACCAUUUGUGACAGUUCCUCAGUAAUAUUAUUGUACUAUUUAUUUGUGAUUUAAGAUUGAUUACUUCAACAACAAGAUAAUCUGUGACCUGAUUGAGCAGAAUCACAAAGGAGUCUUAUCAAUUAUGGAUGAGGGAUGUAGGAAUAUUGGCAAGGUCUCUGACCAGGUGAGUUAGAAUGUUAACUUGUAAGUGCAUGAAAGUUUUGUUGUGAUGACAUUUUGUCUCAAAUAAGCUGCAUAGCAAUUUAACCAAAUCCAGCCAUCAGAAACUGUCCACUAAAUCAAGGGAAAUGUUAAAAUGUCCACAUAAAACAGUCGAAGGCACAGACAGGAAUUGAAGAUUAUAACGUACUGUUCUGCAUUUUUCGUUUUACUAUUUAGAUAGAAAACUGCUCUUAUAACUUAAGGUUUUGUAUUCUCCUAACUUUUAUAAAUGUUUGUGGGAGAGAAGAUUUAUUGCAAACCUCAUAGAAGUGGAAUGAUUAAUUAAGCACCCUCGGUCAGUAUGUGUAAGGGUUUCAAUAUUUGCUGCUCCUGUAUUUAUAGAUGUUACUGCAGACAAUGGACCAGAAACUGGGCAAACAUGAACAUUACAGAAGCAGACUGGUAAAUGAAAUGUUGUUUUUGUAAAAUUCAUUUUUUGGGUUGGAGCAUAUCAUGUGAUUGCACUGAAUUAUUGACCAGCCACGGGUCAUAUGUCCAUCACCUUUUUUUUACUCAAACUGAGAGAUUUCUCCCUCCUCAUUGGUCGAGAGCUGUAGUUUAUGAAAGAAUAAACCAUUCAACUGAGAAUACAAUUUGUUUUUCUCUUUGAGACAAAGGAAAACUGUCAAUGGUCUGUGAAACAGAGUCGAUACCUGCCUUCGUAGAAAACAUUUGCGAAUUUAUAAAAACAACAAAGAAAAAAACUCAAAUGGAUAAUUAUAUUUGUGUAUUGGUUUAUUGCUGUGAUUUUGCCUUUACAACUGUCUUGGAGCAAGUUGAUCAAGAACAAAAAAGAGGAAUGAAGGGGGAGGAGUUCUUCCUUUUUUCUUUCUUUUUUCUUUUUUUUAUUUUGUUCUUUCUCUCUCUCUCUCCAUCUUUCGCACAAAACCUCGAUCGGAAACUCUUACUACGCAGGCUUAGUCGCAACGGAAUAAAAAUCUAUCUCAGAUGAAGAGGUUAUCGCGCUUGUGAUAAACGAAUUACCUCCUUCACUCCCCUAGUUUUGCCUGUGUGGGUUCAAGAGGGAAAAACCAACUCAUUUUCAGGUGUCAUUGAACCAAUGCAUUUAUAUCCUUCCAGUUUAGGACAAUAGAGUUGAAACAGUGUCAUUUGAUUCAAUGGAAACUUGUAUUGUUUUGUAGACUGACCCUUCAGACAAGUCAAUGGAAUUUCACAGGGAUUUUUGUAUCAAGCAUUACGCUGGAGAUGUUAUGUAAGUAUUUAUAAUGAUCAGGGAACAGAAAAACUAAUUGAAAUCACUGCCUUUCCAACUAUAUCAUGCUUAUAAAGGGUUUAGUUUUAUCGUUUGUCUCACGAUUGUCACUUUGAUAUUGAUCGCGACGGUUCGACCGCACACUGCGGGUCUUCAUCAGGCGAUAGUGUCUGCUUAACAGAUCAUCGCUAAACCAGGGUUUCACUGAGCUGAUCGAAGCAUGUACUUGCCUUAUUGAUGUUUAAGUUUUUAACAUAUUUUUUUUCUUCUGUCUUGCAGAUAUUCUGUAACUGGUUUUCUGGACAAAAACAAGGAUAACUUGUAUCAAGAUUUUAAGCGACUCCUUUACAACAGGUAACUUCUCUUGCAGUGAAACACAAGGUGGGGGACUUAGUGACCGGUGGCUCAUGUUGUUGACCUGUGGCUCGUGUUGGUGACCUCUGGCUCGUGUUGGUAACCUAUGGCUCUGCGACUUAACCCUCUUUCAUCCUUGUUUUGUUUCAGUUUUGUCAACAUAGUUUGAAAGAAUGAGGAGAGAUAAGACUUCGAUGACUGAACAGGCUUUUUUUCUCGUUAUUUUGCAGCUCACAUAAGAUUCUUAAAGAAAUGUGGCCCGAGGGAAAGGAAGACAUUACGAAGGUAAACUAAAUUACCUGAAAUUUAGCGCAAAUUUGCAAUCAAUCAAUUUGCAAUCCAUUUUCAUCUCCAGAAAGAAUAGGUACACAGAACUAGGAAAAAAAAUUAAAGGUCCUCCCAGUAAGAGUCAUGCCUAACUCCUUCCGGUUACUUUUUGUAUCACUCCACCAUUAAGCUACGCAGCAGUUUAUCCAUAUACAGGAAACUACAUCUUAGACAGAAUAAAGUGGAACAGCAAAUCCCCCAUUCCCCGAAAGCCAAAACGCAUCAUUUUCCCAUCCCUCAUUUUGGUAUGGGGAUCUUAAGUUUCCGUCUAUUUUGUUUAAGAUUGUAUUUUCAUACCUGGCCCAGGUUGUAUACCGGUUCAAUAUAUUAACAUGUACUUUUCAGACUUGUCUAUUGUUAUCACAGACCGGGGAGGUGAAUUUGACAAGGCUAUGUGAUGCAAACAGUUUGCACAGCGGGAGUAAAGUCCUCACAAAUAUGCCCCUGAAAAAAAAAGUAAAGAGGGCCGGUGACAAUCCCCGCAAAUGCCUCGAUUUCUUCUGCCUCUUCUGCCUGCGAAAUGUGAUUGCGUUCUUCUUCUUCGAACACGUUUAGAAUGCACUGCAACAUUAUUUCCAUCUUGAACGUUGCGAGCAGACCGAGGCAUUACGUUUUGUUAGAUGUCUAAAUGCGCUAGGAUAUCAAUUAUCUAUUUUGUAUGUCAGUAGAUUGUAAGUAGAGUGGCUUAAUUACGAGUGGCGAGCGAAGCAAGCCUCGGAAUAACGCGCGAGCAAGCAAUGAGGCCGCGAGGCGUUGGGGGGAGGGGGCGGCGGGGGUAAGGAGAGCUCUCCACUCUAUCUCCGCCUCUCGCCCACUUGCCACUCGGGCGUGACCUCUCGCGAUAUUCCCUUAAACGGAGAGCAUACUUGCAGGUUAAAAGUAGAGAAAUAAAUGUGGCUGCUCGUCUUCUUAACAGGCCAGGACACCUAAAAUGUACCAUAAAUAUGGACGACCUAAUUCUGAUUCUUGGUACAAUCCAAGGCGCUACAGGAAUGUUAGUAAAGCACGGAUUUAUACGCACUCUCGUUUAUUUAUUUAUUUAUUUAUUUAUUUAUUUAUUUAUUUAUUUAUUUAUUUAUUUAUUUAUUUAUUUAUUUAUUUAUUUAUUUAUUUAUUUAUUUAUUUAUUUAUUUAUUUAUUUAUGAGCACGUUUGCAAGUCCAUAGUUUAUAAUUAUACGCCUGUGCGCAGCCUCACCUGGGAAAGAGCGUCCCUUCCCUGGGUAUUAAAGACUUCGCACAGAAAAAAUAGAGAGUUUUAGAUGUCACUACAGCGACGGCAACGAGAGCGUCAAAAAGGCAAUAGGUUAAGAAUGGCAAAACAACAACUUUGCCCAUCAUACUUUUUUGCACAUUUCUUUGCCGUCACUGCACGACUACGACGUGAAAUGCCUAAUUUCACGUUUAUCGACAUCGUGAACAUACGACGGCGAAUUUCUCUUUCUCUUUUUAUUGGAUACUCUUAAGAAUUCAACUCAGGAGAGUUCGCCUAACUAACGUUCUUGUUUGCUUUUGCGUUUGCUUGUUAGUAUAAACUUGCGUCCAAAGGGCUUGAAUCUCCCUCAAGAGUGACUGUCUUUUUUCUUUCCUUCCUAGGUGACUCAGCGACCCGCAACAGCCGGAGCGUUGUUCAAGAAUUCAAUGAUUGCUCUUGUAGAAAAACUAGCCGUCAAGGUAACGACUCUAUAUCUCGCACAAUUGUUUAUAAACAUUCCGCCACAUUUAGUGGCGGAACUCGGAUAAGACUUUUACGUUUAAAUUUCCGUCUACACUCUUAGUAAUUUACGGACAACAAAUUGGGUCCGCUCUCGAGUGCGGGCUCAUUUUCCAGAGUAGCGGCUGGUAAUCGAACCUACAAAUUCACAAAUUCCCCAUUCCAUAAACUAUAAGGGAAAUGGGUACAAGCAUUUGGCGCAUCGAUUUCUGAGAUUAUUUUGGUGGACAAGCGUUGCAUAUGAUUGGUUAAUGGUUGCCUGCGUUGCAUAUUAUUGGUUAAUGGUUGCCUUGAAUGCCAUUGACCAAUCAUAACUAACGCUUGUCCACCCAAACAAUCCCAGAAAUCACUGCACCCAAAGCUCGUACCCAUUCUCCCUCGAGUUUCUGGAGUAGGGAACUGAUCAAUCGCGUAACAAGAAAUUGACCUCGUGUUUUAACAACUAGUUUUUAUUUCUUCUGCAGAAACCAUUCUAUGUCAGGUGUAUCAAACCUAAUGAUGUGAAGUCGUCAUCUGCUUUUGACGAAAAACGAGUCGGCCAUCAGGUACGUCGAGAGCCGAAUUGUCGAUAAUGUGAGUGAAAAAACUUGGUUAAACGGGCUAUGCACGAGGAUAUUCGGCUGUUUUUAGGUCAAUCUAUGCCAAAGUAAUUACAUAGUUCCUUUCCCCAUACACAAAAUUCUCUUGUAGAGUUAUGAAGAAGAUAUCAAACAUGACAAAUUUCAUCAGCAAGCACUAACCAUGAUAAUUUAAUGGUAGUUUUUGUAGGCAUAGCAUUUUAAAAAGCUAGCCGACUUUUUAAAGUUUUAAUCCAUGUCCAUCCUUGUCUUCCGUUGCAGCAGACUAUGGUCUUAAAUAAACCAAAAUUUAGCCUUAUUUCUAUAAUUGAAUUGUUGAGAAAAAAGUACUGGCUUUUUGAAAAGAUAGCAAAAAGCGUGACGUAGCCUCUUUAAAAACAAGUUACUUAUUUUCCAGGUGGAUUAUCUUGGAUUGAUGGAAAAUUUACGCGUUCGACGAGCCGGAUUUGCUUUCAGGAUGCAUUAUAAACGUUUCCUUCAAAGGUCAGUUAGGCUCAAGGAUUUUGAAAACAACUUUCUCUCAGUCGUGGCCUGUUUAUCACAUUCAAAGUAUUUCCCAUUUAAAACAUUCGCAACCAUCCUUGCGAUUUUUUUUGUCAGAUUGCACAGAAAUAUCCGUCUCGACCUGCACUAUUUAGGUCAGCCGCUGACAUAACACUGUCGAAAACCGAGUGCAAGGAAUGUGUGUUUAGGGAGAGGGGGGGCGAUAUACAGUCAGUGGAACCACGAUACAACAAAGGGCCAAGGGACUAAUAAAAUAAGUUCGCUAUUGGUGGUUUAAAAAUGGAAAUCUUGUAAUACGGAAAGUCUAGAAUCUUGGAAAUGAAAGAAGAUAAACAUGGAAAAAGAAGCCCUGCCAAGAAUCAGAUCUGUGCAAUAUUUCAUAUGAAAGAUUUUCGGAAACACGUUUUACCCAAGUUUAUAAAGCUUUGUAUGGAGACGCCAGGUUUGUGUCCCCUUCAGGGGCACAAAAAGACAAGGAAUGUUUAGAUAGCAAAAUCUCCCAAAAUCGGUGAUGUUUUUAACCCACAUAAGAGCUUUCCUGGCCGUCAGCUGAAUGCCGCGUCACGCAAAAGCCUGGAAAUUCAAGCGUCCAGUGUCGCAUAACGAAGAACCCUUUUGAACCGAAAAUUUGUUUGUAUAAAGGUUUUUAAAAGGUGCUGAAAUACGACAUGAAAGUAGAAACUCAGAAGAAGCGAUAGUUUCUUAGUUUGAAUUUUGUUGACGUCAGGUGAAAACCAAGAAUAAGGAGGUUUCGUUUUAUCGAGGUCUUUUCCAUAUAUUUUACUAUUCCUGGGGCAAAACAAAAUCGCUCCUUAUACCGAGGACUUCGUUGUAUAGAAGUUCGUGAAAUUGAGAUUUUACGGUAGCACAUACAUCCACUGUAAUAGGAAUAAAUGCACUAAUGUAUCUCUUAACGUGAAGUUACCUAAAAUAGAAGCCAAUAGUUGCCACUUUACUACGCUUUUUUCUUGCUUGAUUAGGCCGUUUUUAACACAGGGUCUCCUUCCCGCGAUAAAUUUAUCCUGGGUCAUGGCAAUGAAAACGUCCAAAAGUUCAACCGUGAUAGCUUAGACUACGAAAUUUAUCUCGGGUUUCCGAGUCUUAGGAUAAACAACCGAUUCGUUGAAUGGCUACGAAAUUUCCCGCGUAAAAAACGCUUUGUGUCAGCUCUGCGCGAGGAACUGUGUAAAAUCAACCUCGUGCCCAGGACUUUUUCCCAUUUUCUAACGGAAAAAGCCCUGGGAAGGAGAUUAAUGUAGAAUACUGUAGUCUAAGGCUGCCAGUAUACCACUAAGCCUGGUCAAACUACCACUGCUAAUGAGCUUUGAUCUCUGAAAGCUUAUCCGAUUUCAUCUACAGGUACAAAAUGAUUGUGAAGGAAACAUGGCCUAACUACAAAGGCGUCGACAAAGAUGGGGUUGCUGUCAUCAUCGAUCACAAUAGCUUUUCUUCAGAUGUAAAAUACGGCCGCACGAAGCUGUUUAUCAGAACGCCAAAAACAGUGUUUGAAUUGGAGAAAAUAAGAGCUCAGGUUCUUCCAAACUUGGUUUUGUUCCUUCAGAAGGUACGAUUAUCGAAGACUAUCUUUCUAAGACCGACAGGGCCUAAGAACGGCAGGGGGUGUCCUAGGGCCCUUCCCCCCACCCCUUCCCUCCUGAAAAAAACAAAAUCAGGACUGGUUAUAUUGAAAAUGACCGGUCAUGUUGAAAAUGAAACGUUAGUCUUUUCUCUAAAUUUAACCAAAACCCAUCACUGCCGUGCUUUCCAUUUAGAAUUAAACUGAUCUUGAGAAUGCAUUGGCUUGGCCAUCCAGGUCUUUCAAAUAGGACUGAAGCGCCUUAAGUGUCGUUUUCGGGAGGUGUCCAUCGUAUAAGGGCAUCGGUUAAUUAGAAAAAGUUGACUGUUACAUUUUUAAAUCAACAGGAGAACAUGGAACUCUCGUCCUUACUGUUGGAAUAAAAGCAUUAGCUAACAGUCACAGCAUUAUCUGAACAUUUUUACAACCUUUCUUAUCUUCACACAGCAUUGGCGAGGUGGUCUUGCGCGAAUGCGAGCAAGGAAGCUUCGUGCCAUUUAUCUGAUUAUGGACAGAUUCAGGAAGUACUCGCGAAGAAAAUUUGUGUUUCAGCUGCGUGAUGCUUACCGGUAAGUGGAAGUGCUUGACCCUUGACGGAUCUCGGCGUCACACGAUUGCAAGGCUGUAGCUUCAAUUUUCAGCUACAGUUAAACCUCGUUAACACAGCCACUGAGAGGGGAAUAGAGAGUGUCCGUAUUAACGCGGUUUGGCUGUAUCUUGUAAUGAACCAAGGCUUAGUUCUAUGUUCCAAGUUUCUACGUUCUCAGCCUUGCUUUCUUUACUUUGUAUUUAAAAUUGUCAGAUGGCUCUGGUCUUUAAAUGGCUUUGUUAAGUGGCUUAGCUGUAACAUAACCCUGGGCUAACCAAAAGGCGAAGGCCCCUGUACAUAAAAAAUAAACCAUAAAAUAACAAAGGAAUCACUCGAGGGAUGGAAAGAAGGAAGGGUGGGAGCUGGCUUCGUCUUUGUGCUCUUCCUAAUCAGUGUUCCUGCUGUGCUCUGCGUCUUCCUAUCCUCUGUUUGUUUUAGAUCCUCCGCACAUAAAGGCCACGCCCGAUGGGUGUGGUAGUUUGAUUAGGCGAAGGACUCCGCUACAAAAGAGGUCAAAAAAACUUGUGAUUGGUGGUAAAACCACUCUUCUCCCAAUAACAACUAUUUGGAUCGGUCAUGGGUUCAUCCCAUCCCCCUUCCCUCGGCAAUGUUGCAACCCCUCCCCCCCAAAAAGACUGGAGCCUAUAACCCUGUUUUCACCCAUUUUGCUCAAAAUUUAAGAAUUUUUUUUUGGGGGGGGGGGGGGAGGUGGCGAGAGGGGAAAGGGGUAAUAUCACUUUUGAACUCCAUUGUAGCUCCGAAGCGAGCGCGCACUGUAACUUAAAGGUACACCAUUUACCACUACAAAGAAACACUCAUUUGAAUUUGUUUUCUCAUGACCUAGGAACUGCAAGGAUCUUAAGGACCAUGGCAAAUCAAUCAGCCCACCGACACCUCUAAUCGCAAGCAAGGAGUUCGCUGCGCAUGUUGAGACUAUAUUUGGGAGGUAAAGCUAUUCAAAUGCUCUUGUUAGGUUUAUACUAAUUUUCAUUAUUGGCAGCGAUAUUGUUAGGAGAAAUUAGAAACUGGCCACAUCAGGAUCAGAGGAAGAAUGUAGCGUGACGGCUGUAUUUGUUCUUUGUGUCGUAGAUGGUGGGCUUUCAAAGUGUUAUCACGUAUUCCACAUGAAGAACACGAUGAAGUCAUGCUUAAAGCUGCGGCUUUCGACUGUUUGGGUGGAAAGCGAAAGAACUGGGCGCUACAGACCCGUUGGCAUGGCAACUACCUUGCUAAGGUACGGCUCGCAGCAGAAUACGCGUGGAAUGCAACACAGCGUUGCAAUGUUAAAACUAUGUGGCAAGCAUUCAAAACAAUGUCGCAACAAUGUUGUGACGCUGAGAUUCGCUGAAAAUCGUCGUUGCAAAUCGUCUCUUGUAACAUCAUCUUGAAACCGUCGGGCUAGGAAUUUCAACCUGAGCAGAAAGAAAAAAAUCACCCCUUCCGUUUUCAACAAGUUGUCCAGCUAUUUUUGGAUAGUUUUUUCUUUUACGAAGCAAGUCCAUUACUGUUUCUGUCUCCUACUUCUUUUUUCAGUCUGACGAGAACUCCCAAGUAGAUCUGUUCAACAGAAAUGUUGUCAACCGAUUCACAACCAAAGGAGAGAUGGUGCUUUUCUCUUCCUACGCCAAGAAGGUGAGACAACAACCUUGAGAAAAGGUCUUAAAAACAUAACUGGACGACUAAACUAAGAACGGAAAUCCUAAGCCAGUGACUCGAGGGUCAUGCUCUGUUCACACUACACCAGAUGAAUUUUUGACAGGAUGAAAAAUUUGACCGGACACUUCCUUCACACAGGACCAACAUUUCAAUACCGUAAAUCCUCUAUUAAGCCCCCCCCCCUUUCAAAUAAGCCCCACCCUCUAAUACACCCCCCUUUUCAGGGAAAGAAAGUUAAUAAGCCACCUCUCUUUUAAGUCCCCCCCUCCCCUUCCAUCCCCUAAUUAUUCUUCAAUAAUAAAUGAUAGAUUGUAUUAAUCAAUCACCACUGUACAGGGUUCGCACGCACCUUGGAAGUCCUUGAAAGUCCUUGAAAUUUAAAAUAAAAAGUUCAAGGCCUUGAAAGUCCUUGAAAAUUGUAGUCGGUGCUGGAAAGUCCUUGAAUUUCGGUGCUAACUUUAUCCAACCCAGAUUCCAUCCCCUUCAAUUAAAUUCUUCAAUAAACUAAAAAAGACAUAAUAAAUGAUAGAUUGUAUUAAUCAAUCACCACUGUAAAACUUCGUGUGGACUGAUACGGGGUGGUUUAUUCACCAACUGGAAGUUCGGAUUUGAUUCUGAUCCGCGGCUGCAUGACCUCCAGCUUCUUGUACUUGAGCUUUUCCACUUUGUAUUCUAGUUCUUUAUGGAGAGGUGUUAUUAUCAUCGUUUCUAAAUUAAAUAAGCCCCCCCCUCAAAUGGGCUUGAAAUAAAUAAGCUCCCGGGGGGGCUUAAUAGACGAUUUACGGUAUUUUCAGUUCAAUAUUUUCGCUCUGUUCCCCCGAACUUUGAGCGGCUGGGCGUCUAAAUUUUCGUACGGUUAAAACAGCGAAACGCACCAAUUUUCCAUCGGUCGAAAGUUCGUUCAGUGCCGUGUGGACAAUGUAUCAUUCUUCGUUGAAUGCUGAAAUAGGCCAUUAAACAUCCCGAACUAAUGGUGUGCGUUCUUGAACGAAUAGACGGAUGGGCUCUAUCUUUUUUAACAACAUCACUCGCUGCUUGUUUUACAACCAACUUUGAGCGAUUUCGAAAUGUGUCAUUGCUUUUGCGUGGCAAUGACGUAAUUGUUUCCCGAUUACACGUUUCUGCUCACAGAGAACGAAUGAAAUAAGGGCGUAUGUAAAUUAACAAGGAUGUUGUUUAUUACCUAGCACCCAACGUUGGCGAAUAUGCAAGUGGUUCUAAGGAGGGGAAAAUAAGCUGGCCAUUUUUGGCGGGAAAAAAAAUAAAUUGUUUUUUCAGUACCUUCUCUCAGUUGCGUGAGGAAAAACACCCGGUCUAAAGCGCGUGAAAACGGACUGAAGAAGCAGGUCUCAAGCUUUAAGAGAUAUACACCUGGUGCAAAAGAGUUUGAAACUGCUGCCAGUUGUGGAAAUUCAAGCUUCAAGAUCAACCUUCGUUCCUUCCUUGUUGCAUGUAUCUCGAACUAAUAGAACGUUUUAACUUGGGACAGGUAAACGUGAAAACCAAGGUCGCUGACCGUAUUGUAGUGGUAACGACCUCAUCGAUUAUCAAGUUGGAUAACAAAUACAAAGUGAUGAAGACCAUCUCGCUUGAAAAGGUGAGUAACCCUUCUCAUGAAGGUUGGAGCAUUAUGCCAUUACGUGUCCGCUUAAACUGUUACUGUAUCAGAGAGCUUAAGCAACAACGACCGCGACGGUUACGAAAACGUCACUUGUAAAGUGAAUUCGCGCAGCUUCAAACUUUAUCGCUCUUAUUUCUACUCUUUUGCUUUGUCAAAUGUUGACUAUUUUUCAGGAGUUGAUUCUAAGAGACUUUAUCAAAGUCCAGGAAAAGAAAAAGAAGUCCUUGUGAUGUGUUCACUUCCUCCACAAAACGUGAAAUUAGGCAGUUUCACGUCGUAGUCGUGCAGUGACGGCAAAGAAGUGUGCAAAAAAGUGUGAUGCACGUGCAAAGUUGUUGUUUUGCCAACCUAAACCUAUUGCUUUUUUGCCGCUGUCGUUGCCGCCGCCAUCGUCUUUGCAUAAGCUCCGUAUUCUCCAGUAACGCGUCUUCAUUCGCUAAGGAACUUAACGUUAGCGAGGAAUUUACUUGUAAAUGACUAAAUCACAGCUUUGCAUCCCAGAAAUGCCUCUCCCAAAGCAUAAUGUAAAACGUUACAAACAACAAAAGUGAAAUUUGAAACACUGUUAAGCCAACGAGUUUACAAAAACCGCAGUUGCAAUCCCGUUUUAAUCUUCUUCAAGGUUUGUCUCUCUGUGCCUUCUUUUGCGGUCUUAUUUAUACCUUCUUUAACUGUUUUAGCAAGUUAUUUUUACGUUUCUCACUGUUUGAAUUUUUAUAAAUUUCGUGACACAGUUUCUUUAAACUCUACCUUUGUUUGUUUUUUCCAGGUGACGGGUUUAAGUCUUUCUCCGGGAGAUGAUCAGCUGUUGGUCAUUCAUCUUCAACAUAAUGACUUGGUCAUUUGUCUAUUCAGUCAGUCUAAAGCAAACAGGGUCUCCGAACUUAUGGCUAAUCUCUACCUACAGAUAUACCAGUAAGUAGUAGUCUAUUUAUUUUAAAGGGAGAAUUUCCUAAGGGGGCACCCGGCCGAGAGCAAUCCUGCCGGGUCCUUUAUUACCACGGGUACUUAUGGCUAAUCUCUACCUACAGAUAUCGCACGGCCAAUUCUUCAUAACCAGCAAGCUCAGACCAACUGUGGAAGACGUUUGCGAUAUCCAGAAACUGACGUUCAUAUAGUUAUAUCAUGAAAUUGCCGGAAAACGGGCAAAUUAAGACGGGAACUUAGCUUGUUUGAAUAAUCAUAAAACAAUUAUUCGCGAUUCGGCUUUCGUAUGAUCUGAAUCAUCCAUAAUUCUUCAGAUCACAGUUAGCCUUUUCCAUUUAUUGCUGAGUGUUAACAGCUAGCGUUGGCCAAAUUUGGAAGACGUCUGGGAAGUCCGGUAAAAUGACGUCAAGCGUGCAGGCUAUGGCCAGAAAAAUGCACGAAAACCGAGAAGCCCUGGGGACGAAUUUGUUUUGGUAGUGCUGGAGAAUAUGGUGGAAAAUUUCACAAUUUUUAAUUUUAAUUUUUAUUCUGAAUUAACAGAGGACUAGGCAAAUGAAGACAGAAACCCUAAUCACUAUGUCACUACAGCUUAGUCCUAGAAGUGUGCUAUUGAAAAAAACACUUACUGAGAAUUGAUUUUAUUUUCACAGAAAAUUUGGAAAAAUGGUGGAUGUUCGUGUGGACUCAAGAGUGAAAUGCGAACUUGGUAAAAAGCCAUUCAACUUGACGAUCAAAAACUGCUCCGCAGACUCAAUGGUGACAUUCAAGAAAGUUGGUAACAAUGAUCUGACAUUGCUGUGGCCUACGGAAAAGGCUUAAGAUCACAUGGAGUAAACUUUACCCCAAAAGUGUGAUCAAAAACAAACGUGAAAACUUCAUUAUAUUUUGAGACAGGAGAGUGCCGCCAAACUACAAGAAUUUAUCCACAGAGUCAAACUUCAGAACCAUCUUCCAGAUCAUGAUAGACAGUUAUACAGCAAAGUACUGCUCAGUAGCUUUCAUUUGAAUGGUACCACUUAACGGUUUUAAGUUUAUCUAUAGUUUAAGAAGUUAGAACUACCUAGUGCGACGUUGUAAACAGUACCACAGGAAAGUGUUACUCAGUAGGUUUAAUUUGAGUGGUCUCACUAAAGGUUUUCGUAGACAGGCUGAAAAGUUAAAACUACCUUGUACAACAUUAUAAACAGUAACACAGGGAUUUCUUCGGACUCUAAAAAUUAGCCGUAGAUGUACUUGUAUAUAGAAAAUGUUUACUACGCUUUAAGCGAGAAAGAAGUGUAACGAAAGACUCUGACUCAUUUUUCUCGCUCUGAGAAGAAAGGCGUUGAAUGUCAGAUGUUUAUCAUCGUAAAUUUGCGAGGAGGAAGAGUCCUUCCUUUAUACCUGGCCAGUGAGUGCUAAAAUUUGGUAUUUGUUCUCAUCCAUUCGUUGUUGUAUUGUAGAAAUAAAUAGAUACCCUUAGAUUCUGAGACGAGUACGAGUACGAGAUUUUCUCAAUAGUAAGUAGUGUUCGUACCGUGAACCAGCGUCAUUUUGGCGCGAAAAGUGGUAGCCGUUGUUUACUACGGGUAUUGGCGAGAAUAUCGUGCUAACGCAAACAAGUUAUCAAAUGUUUAGUCGUUUAUCUUUUGUCGUCGAUUGUCUCCAUUAAUGAAAAUAACCGUACUAUCUAGUGAAAAAAAGUCAAUUAUGAGAAUUCUAUUUUUUUGAGAAGAGGAGACAAAUUCAUUUCAUUCUGAGUUUUUAGUCGUCUUUGUCUCUAAAUGGGAAUUCGUUAGAGAAUUAAACGAUUCGGAGACAAAUUAUUUCGAUUUUUAGCCCAACACAGCGUUGCAACAUUGUUCGCAACAACGAUUUUAGCCCAUUGUUGCUACAUUGUUUUGAAUGGUUACAUCAUUGUUCCAACAUUGAAGCGCUGCGUUGCGCUAGAAAUCGUCGUUGCGAAUCGUACCGUGUAACAUCACCUUUACAUAUGAUGUAGUUUUGUACUUUAUUGAGGAAAAAAAAAGUAAGAAAAAAUAGUUUAGCUCCAGUUUGGACUAGUUUUUAGAGAACCGAAUAUGGUGUUACUGAAUAAUUUGAAAAAAAUAAUAAGUUGAUACAUCCGUACAGGAAAUGUUGUCGAAAUUUGCAUUUGGAUACGGUGCAUUUUCAAGGGCAGGUCCCACAGUUGUGCUCCAAGACUGGUGAACCAUAAUGUUCUAGUUAUCAGCAAGUUUCUUGUUAUCCGUGUGUAGAAGCCUUUUUCUAUCGAUUUUGGUAUAGCAGUUUAGUCAAGUUUUCUAAAUUAUUUGGCAGAGAACUUAAACGGUAGUUCAUUGUAUAAUAACUUUUAUAGAAUAAAUCAUGUCAAACUACUACACACUGAAGUUGCUCCUGUUUAGUAGGAUUUUUCAUUAAAAAAAAACAUUAGUCUCUAUAUUGUGUAUUCUUUUAUCCUGAAAAGGGAUGAAUUAUC